GUCAGACCGACAGUCUACCCCCUGCGCGGUCAUGUCGGUGUCGCCCCUCAGGCAGCCUGGGGCUGCGUCCCGGCCGCUCGCUUUCCCUUCCUCUGCCCCCGAAGACCCCGAAGGCCCGCCGCCGCCCGGUGGGAAGCGGCUCUGCCUGGAGGACAGCCGUGAGGCGCGCUGGCGGCUGCCCGUGGUGCCCCGCCUGUCGGAGGGGGAGAAAGCCUGGGACUGGCCGCCGCCCUUCAGGCCGCUGCUCCUGCUGUCGGCGGAGGCCCUGUUCGGUCGUCCGCAGACGCGGGCCGGCGGGCGGCCGAGCUGUGACCCGGGACGCCCCGCGCGCGGCCAGCAGGAGCCCAGCGACCCGCCGGCUCCGGCUUCUCCCGCCGCCAGAGGCGGAGACCCAAAUCUGAGAGAAAAGCCGCGCUUGGACUCGCGCCUUCUCGGGGAGCCACGCCCCGCCUCUCGCGAGAGGAAGAGCCCGCGUGUCCCUGAGGCGCCCGCCCGCGACGGCGCGGAGCACGUGCCCGCGGCGCCUCCCCCGAAGAGACCCAGACGAGGCGGCCCUGAGGGGAGCACUCGCCCCGGGCUGCCGGCUGAGGGUGGCCCAGUGGUCACGGCGGCCGCGGGUGCUGACGGGAAGCCCCAGUCAGGCAGCACCCUCAGUGCAGGUGGUCCAGUGGUCAUGGCUGCCGCGGGUGCUGAUGGGAAGCCCCAGUCAGAGUCACGCAGCUCCCUCAGUGCGGGUGUCCCAGUGGCCAUGGCUGCUGAGGGUAUUUGCAGGAAGCCCCAGUCAGGCAGCUCCCUCAGUGCGGGUGUCCCAGUGGCCAUGGCUGCUGAGGGUAUUUGCAGGAAGCCCCAGUCAGAGUCACGCAGCUCCCUCAGUGCGGGUGUCCCAGUGGCCAUGGCUGCUGAGGGUAUUUGCAGGAAGCCCCAGUCAGGCAGCUCCCUCAGUGCGGGUGUCCCAGUGGCCAUGGCUGCUGAGGGUAUUUGCAGGAAGCCCCAGUCAGAGUCACGCAGCUCCCUCAGUGCGGGUGUCCCAGUGGCCAUGGCUGCUGAGGGUAUUUGCAGGAAGCCCCAGUCAGGCAGCUCCCUCAGUGCGGGUGUCCCAGUGGCCAUGGCUGCUGAGGGUAUUUGCAGGAAGCCCCAGUCAGGCAGCACCCUCAGGGCGGGAAGAACAGGCGCCCUGAGUGCACAGCUCCGCAGUCCAGGGAAAGCGAGGGACAGCAGCUGGGUUUCCCGGGGCCUCAGCGUGACACACAGACAUGUGAAACACACCAGGGACAGAUGGACUUUGCCACCCUUCUUGGGAAUCCAUCUUUUCAGAGAGGGAGAUGAUGAGGUUGCAAGAGCCGUGGGUCGAUGCAAAGCACACUCCGCCUCUCUGGUGAUAGAAACUCUGGGUAGCCCCAAGGCUUUCAUGGUUGCUUUUUGGUUUACAGGGAGAGAAGAAAACAGUCGCUGUGUGCUACCCUGGAGAGUUCAGGAAGCACAAAAAGACUUUCCUGUAGGCAGCCACUUGGAAAGUUUCCUUAUGGACUGUUUUCAUGGCUCUAGAAGUGUUGUUUCAGGAAACCCAAACAAUCAGACUGUGACCUGGUGUGCGAUUUUGAUAUGUGAGGAACAAAGUGAUGUUCAAAGUAAACAGAACAUCAGAAUGAUCUUAAACGAAGAGCAGAAGAGUAUGGAUGUCCAUAGAAAGAAUGAUUUUCCAAGCAUGUGUUUACAAACCAUGGUUUCAGGACUUUCAAGCAGCAUAUUGAAGACAAACAGAGCUUAUUUGCUCAAUGACUUUGACUCGUUAACAUGUGUUAUAAAUAAUUCUAAGUUGGAAGAGAGAUCCAUUUUUGAAUGGACAGUGUGUUUAAACUACUCGAAAAAUAUAGGAGAAAACUGUACUGUACAUCUAGUAAAAACGUUCAUAUUUUCAAAACCAUUAGGUACCAUGAGGCUUACCUUAGAGGAAACAAGUCUGCUUAAAAAUGAGCAGGUUCUUAGUGAGCCUGAGAAAGGAAACCUCAGCUUCUUUAACAUGGCAAUGCAAGAUUAUCUUCCAAGUCUGGAAACAUAUGACAAAAUUUCUCUUUCAAAGGAAUUUGAUGACAGAGAUGAAAUUUCUUUGACAGAAAAAGUUAGUUACAAGAAUAAUAGUUGUCCUGAAAAAGUUGCUAUUAUGGAAAAUGGGACACACUACAGCCUCAGUAUGGCCAAAACAUAUGUAAAGCCUGGUUCUCAGUUAAUACAGAGCAACUAUAGACAUAGCAAUGAAAAAGUACACGAGAUAAAAAUGUACACCCAAGAUGUAGACACUAGAAGAAAAGGGGAGCAUGAUAAGAUCAGAAGCUUCAAUUUCCAGGGCCUAUUUGAUCACUUCAAUACUAGGCAACAGGCCAUACUGAGAAGCCAUACCACAAAACAUAGGGAACAUACAACUUCCACCUCCAUAACUCAGGGACUAAAUUUCAGGAACUUGAUAAGUGAAAUUGAAGAAGAACACGACUUGAUUUUGAAGGAGGAAACAAAAGCCAGGGAACAAAAUCUAACCAACAGUUGCAAUGUUCAUAAGGAUGUUCAGCUAGGAAAGGAAGAGAAAAAUAACUUGUAUCCGGUGGCUUGCCUGUUGUCUGUACAACCAGCUUCAUUCAUGAGAAAGAAAGGACAUGUGGAAGAAAUGAAUAAAUAUGUUAAUCAAAAUAGCAUAGCUGAGAAAAAUGAACACCAGAGCAUUUUGCAAGAAAGUGAUUUAGCUAAUUCAAAGCAUUUUCAUCCAAAGAAUGACUCUACAGAAAGUGUUAAUCAUCAGUUUGAAACUGACUUGAGUGUAGCCAACAAAGAAUGUUUUCAGGACUUAACUGCCAAGUGUUUAUCAACAGAAGCUCUGACAAUGGGCAAAGAUUUUGAGAUGAAGAGUCAAUUUGAUUUAGUACUUGAGGAACUUCAUAUGUUUCAUGAAAUCAGCAGGGAAAAUGAAAUUCUAGACACUGUGGAAACAAUCAAGGGACAAGAAAAUUAUGCUGGGGAAAACAGCGAUGCUGAGGAGGUCCAAAGGAAGACUGAAAGUGAUUUGAAAGUGGGUCCUGUCAACCAAGUCUGUGCAUCUUCUCUGCACUGCGAUUCUAUAGCAAGUCUUAAUAGACCCAGAAAGCAUCAAAGUCUAUUUAAAUGGGAAUCAACGGUACCCCAAAAUGUAGAACAGGAUGUUCCUAAUAAAUCUCACUCCACAAGAAUAUCAGAAGGAGAGUUACUUUAUUCUACCAAGGAAGAUGGUGAAAAACCUUUACCUAAAGGCCCUGCCUAUUAUGCUGAUGAGCUUAAUGAAGAGAACUUCAAUUAUGUGCUGAAAGGAGGAAGUAAUUUUUCACAUGGAAUUGCCAGAGUCCUACCUCUUAAGACAUGCAGCCGGCCGAUCAGAGUUGGUUUAUCAAGAAAAGCUAAGCUUACACAGCUUCAUCCCUAUUUGAAGUAAAUGUCACAAGGACUUAGAAGAAGAUAAUGAGUUUUGAUAUUUAAAAAACAAUUACAGUAUUAUAAUUUUUUUUCCUUGGAUAAGGAAUUUCUUCUAGCUUGGGGGUAUGUCAGACUUUAUUGUGAAUUAUGAAGGGGGUUUCUUUGUGAAUUGUCUAAUUACCUUGAAAUCUUUUCAGUGUUCAGUUGUUUGUAUGGCAUAGUCACAGUAUAGCUGUUGAAUGUUUUGAAUGAUUUUAUAAAAUACAUCAACUUAUUUUUCAUAAAAUGUAUUUAUAAUUAAUUUGUGGAGAUUAGUAGUCUUUAUAAAUUUUGCAAAGGGAUCUGUGAUUAAUAAAAAUAGCAAAGAUGUUGUUCCAAUUCACUUUCACUAUUUUUCAAGUAAAAAAAAAUGAACCUGCAAAGAAGAUGGGUAAAAUUUUCAAGAUCACAAAAUUCGUAACCAGACUGGAGUAAAGGCAUUCUCCUCUCUGACAGUCCCAUUUUCCUCUAUAUUAACUUAUUGAAUUGUCUAGCAAUACCUCCCUUGCUUGUCCUAAGACCCUAGAACAAUAUAUCUUUUAAUAUAUAUUGUUAUAUCAUUUAAAUAUAAUAUGUCCUUUUAAGUACUUAGAAAAUAUUAUUUUAGUUAGAGAAUGAAUGAAGUUCUACCACUAUGAAAAUCUCUGCUUCUUUUGGAAAUCAUAGUACAUUAUAAACUUGGAAAGUCUUUACUUCUUUUUUUUUUUUUUUUUAAAUAUUUAUUUUUAUUUUUAUUUAUUUAUUCCCUUUUGUUGCCCUUGUUGUUUUUUAUUGUUGUAGUUAUUAUUAUUGUUGUCAUUGUUGUUGAAUAGGACAGAGAGAAAUGGAGAGGGGAGGGGGAAGACAGAGAGAGGGAGAGAAAGACAGACACCUGCAGACCUGUUUCACCGCUUGUGAAGCGACACCCCUGCAGGUGGGGAGCCAGGGCUUGAACCAGGACCCUUAUGCGGGUCCUUGUGCUUAGCGCCACCUGCGCUUAACCCGCUGCGCUACAGCCCGACUCCCGGAAAGUCUUUACUUCUAUAAAGGGGGAAAUAAUAUUCUUGGGACCAUUGUGAAGAUUAAAUAAGAUAAUGUGUGAUGUGUGUUUAAAUAAGAUAAUAUGUGAUAUGUGUUUCUAGUAGUAUGUGUACCUAACGUGGUGGCACAGCCAGGCCACCUGUGUUAGGUGCUUAUAAUGGCUCUGAUGCAUAAUAGAAAUAAUAACUAUUCUAUGUUUAACUUUUUCUUGAAAAAUUUUCCAUAUUCUGAGUUGUAUUAUCUUCAUGUAUAUAAUUCUUGAGUGUGUAAAAUAUUUAUUUUGCCUUUUUUUCUACAGAGGUCACCAUCUUCUUUUUUUAUUUGACUAGUACUAUGUUGAACUUUUGCUUUCUUCUUCUUUAUACAAGGCAAAUCUCAUCACAAGAUUUAUGCUCAGAAACCUUGGUUAUUUUCCAUGCUAUUACUAUCUGUAAUUGUGUUGAAUCUUGAAUUCUGUUCUUAGAUCACUUUUUAUAGAUAAUAAAUGACAAAUCACUCAU